CUUCACCUGCUGACAGAGGAAGGACACAGAAUGUCUGUGCUGGAAUUAAUCCUCAUGUUUCUGCUUCAGUUUGAAGGAAUCAGUGGACAACGCAGUCUCUACUACAGACCUGGACAUGAUGUUACUCUGCCAUGUGACAGGGCAUCAUCAGCUAACUCCACAUGCUCCAGUAUUAACUGGUUAUACAACAGAGCUCGGUCACAGACUUUUUCUGAGGUUAAGAAUGGAAAUGUUGAUCAGAGCUCAGUUCGAGCUGCCAGGCUGAGUCUGGACACUCGCUGCUCUCUGCUCAUCAACAACAUCACUGCUGAAGAUGCUGGUUUCUACACCUGUCGGCUGAGGAGGGACACUGAACAUGACAUAUCUGUGUAUCUAAAUAUUUUAACUGUCUCUCCAUCUCCACCAGAUGCUGAUCUAACCAGAGAUGGUGAAGUGACAUUAGAGUGCUCUCUGUUCAGAUACAACACCUCUGAUCGUUGUGUAAGGAACAGAUUUCGCUGGGUGAAUGAGACAGGAGCUGAGCUGCUCGGUGAAGGUGUCAGAGACACGGUUACCAAUCAGAUGAAGUGUGUCUCUGUCCUGACUGUGAAGCUUCAGAGUUUUCACAACAGAACAUUCACCUGCCAGUUUGUUGAUGAGACAAACAAAGUACUGAUAGAAGCUGACUACACAGUCAUCUUUACAGAACCAGGUUCCACAGAUUGGCCUCCUCUGAGAUACAUCAUGUUGACUCUGCGUAUUUCAGCACUGAUCCUAAUGAUUCUAAUCACUGUUGUUGUCAUCAGAGGAAACAGAGGGAGUAAAAAGCCACUCUCAGUUAGCACUUCUUUAUCCUCUCAUGCUGACUGAGGGCAGACUGGAGGCAACAGUGACUCAUUAUCACCUCCUGAGGUACAAAGUGAUAUUACAAGGCUGGACGGGACAGGGCAAGCUCAUCAGCCAGCAAACGUCAGCAACAGCAGCAUGACUUCAGAACAAACUGUUAUUUCUUCUUAUUUUAUUUUUGAAUGUUUUAAACCAAAACAGUUAAAUGUUGCUUUUGGUAAUGUGUGACUGAGCAGAUCUUCAUGUGGUAGAUUAGGAUUUACUGUGUUUCUGUGCUCUGUCGUACCUCCGGCUGUAAGUUCAAGUAUCGCUGAAGUGCUCAAACCUUCUGCUUCAAAAGCAAAUAAAGAUCCACUUAUUUGUA